CUGCGAAAUGCGGGAGAUUUGAGAGGUUAAUUGCAGUGACUAUGUAGUAGACCUACACAUGACUGGUUUUGCUCCACUGUUUGGAUCAGCAUGAGGCUUGUGCUACACAUGUCACUUCAGGAUUCAGUUGCAGGACAGCGUCUACCAGGGCAUGCUCUUCUUACAAUGACCUGAGAGGAAGAGUCAACAGGUAUCCUUGCUGCUGUUGGUAUUAACCAUGAGGAAAAAAUUGAGGAUGAUAUCAUGGCCAAGGGGAGGGAGUGGAAUUGGAAAUAGAAGGUGGAUGCUGCAUUGUGGGGAAUGUAGUUCCCUCUGCUAAGACUUCCGUGGAAGCCACAGUAGAAGAUGGAACUAAGAAUGAAUGAGGACUCCUGUUGCUUCAAAUCCUUGUCAGCACUUGGUGUUGGCAGGGUUCCAGAUUUUGCCAUUCUCAAUGGGACGGGAGAGAGUGGCAAGAGUACAUUUAUCAAACAGAUGAGAAUCAUUCAUGGGUCGGGAUACUCUGAUGAAGACAAAAGAGGCUUCACCAAGUUGGUCUAUCAGAACAUCUUCACAGCCAUGCAGGCUAUGAUCAGAGCCAUGGACACACUCAAGAUCCCCUACAAGUAUGAGCACAAUAAGGCUCAUGCACAAUUAGUUCGAGAAGUUGACGUGGAGAAAGUGUCUGCUUUUGAGAAUCCAUAUGUAGAUGCAAUAAAAAGUUUAUGGAAUGAUCCUGGAAUCCAGGAAUGCUAUGAUAGACGACGAGAAUAUCAGUUAUCUGACUCUACCAAAUACUAUCUUAAUGACUUGGACCGUGUUGCUGACCCUUCCUACCUGCCUACACAACAAGAUGUGCUUAGAGUUCGAGUCCCCACCACAGGGAUCAUCGAAUACCCCUUUGACUUACAAAGUGUCAUUUUCAGAAUGGUCGAUGUGGGGGGCCAAAGAUCAGAGAGAAGAAAAUGGAUACACUGCUUUGAAAAUGUCACCUCUAUCAUGUUUCUAGUAGCGCUUAGUGAAUAUGAUCAAGUUCUCGUGGAAUCAGACAAUGAGAACCGGAUGGAAGAAAGCAAAGCACUCUUUAGAACAAUUAUCACAUAUCCCUGGUUCCAGAACUCCUCGGUUAUUCUCUUCUUAAACAAGAAAGAUCUUCUAGAGGAAAAAAUUAUGUAUUCCCACCUAGUUGACUACUUCCCAGAAUAUGAUGGACCCCAGAGAGACGCUCAGGCAGCUCGAGAAUUCAUCCUGAAGAUGUUCGUGGACCUGAACCCAGACAGCGACAAAAUUAUCUACUCCCACUUCACAUGCGCCACAGACACCGAGAAUAUCCGCUUUGUCUUUGCAGCCGUCAAGGACACCAUCCUCCAGUUGAACCUGAAGGAGUACAAUCUGGUCUAAUUGUGCCUCUUCAACACCACCGUUCCCUUCCCUGGUGGGCUAUGGAAGCUAAAGAAGAGGAACUAUAUUUCUGUGGAUAACAAUUUGCAUAGUACUAAUUUAUUGCUGUCUUGGACUCUGUGUGAAUGUGUCCACAGAGUUUGUAGUAAAUACUAUGAUUUUAUUUAAACUAUUUAGAGGAAAACAGGAUGCUGAAGUACAGUCCCAGCACAUUUCCUCUCUCUCUUUUUCUUCUUUUUAGGCAAAAACAUUGAGAUUUAAUGUAUUUUAAAUUUUUCUCUUCCCUACACCAUACCUCCUGAUUUCUCCCAGGUUACAGUGGCCCAACCUAGUUCCAUUCAUGUCAGCUCUCUCUUUCGAAUGAUACCGUUAGGACAAUGUCAUUCGAUUUAAGCCAUCAACAUCAGUUUAAUUUAACAGUCUGUGUUUUUGAUUCAAGGAGAAGCAUUAACUGUGAUUUGAAAUGCUUUAUUCUGGGUGCACACAAAGAUUUUUUAAAUAUGAAUAGAUUGUUUUGCCUCACUUUGGGCUGGGACAGUGGAUUCCCAUCUAACCAUUAAGCGUCCCCUUUUUUUUGGAUUUUUUUUUUUAAGAUUUAUUUAUUUGUGCAUACAAGGACUGGGGUACAGGCCAGAGGUUUGGGGAGGGUGAGAGGAUUCAUGAGAGACAGAGCAGGGAACAGAACAGGGAGAUGUACCGAAAUACACUGCUGAGGGGAGCAGCGGGCAAGACAGGAGAGGUCUGCCGUGCCAUGUGGGUAGCCCCCUGGCCGGCCGGGAUUGAACUCAUGCUGCAGAGGCUGCAGAUAGCUUCACAGUGCAGGGGUUAACCCCUUGCGCCACCAGGGCGGCCCUUUUUUGAAUUUCUACCCUUCAGCCAUACCUUGGUUGCUCAGAGGAAAGUAAAACAAGGGCAAAGAUAAACAGGAGUUCUUUCUUUUGAAAUGCUACAUGCCAUUGCCCUUCUUCGCUUCCUUUUUUAUAACCUUUUCUUUAAAUUUCAGAUGCCAAAAAAAUAUGCCAACAGACACUACAUUACCCCAGUGGCUGCUACCCAGAAACUUUUCAUAAGUUGUGCUUUUUUCCCUUUGUUAAGACUUUUCCUCCCUAUUUUUCUUAGUGUUUGGGCCACAGUUUUAACUUAAAUUCUAUGUGUUGCCAAAGUUGGCUUUUUAUAAAUCAAAAUGAAUAAACAUUUAAACAAUGAAAGCUGGUAUCUUAAAAUAAGAGAGUAAAACUAAAGCCUAAACUAAAUGGCUGAGAAUGAACCUGAAAACGCCAGUUGCCAAACAGUUGUCAACUGUAAAUUUGAUUCUUGUGGUCCAUUCAUUUUUUUUGCCCUUAAGAUCACAUUGUUCAGUGUCCAUGUUCCAUGUCUAGUGUCCAAAUCAGUGUGAAAAUGUGUCCCAUGUGAUACAACAUGAAAUCUGCAUGUCACUCUUAAUUUGAAGUCAGUUUUACUCUUAAGUUCUUAAAGGUCGAAUAAGUCUGCCAAGACCAUUGGUUGAUAGUAUUAAUUGACAUCUUUAAUUUUUUAAUCUGAAGUUACUGCUAGUUUGCCACAUUUGGGAUCUUCUUAAACUGGUCACUGGUUAAGUUGACCUUAAGAAAGACUUGUGAAUGCAAAGUAACCUCAGUGUUCUGGAGAACAUGAAUUUAUGUAACUAAACCUACUAGAAGAGAUGUUUGAAAUUCGUUAUGUGCAGUUUUUCAACAAAUGCAAAAAAUAUAGCACAUGUAUUGAUGAACUUCUGUCAAGCAACUUGACUUGAAAUAUGAUUUAAGAGAAUAAAUCAUGAGUGUUUUAAACCUGCUGGGAAGUUAGAAUUAGGCCAUAACACUGGUCUCAUUUUAACUACAAUACUAUUUGGCAAAGGUCUGAACUUCCAUGUAAAUCACUCUUUUGGAACAACAAAGAGGAAAGAGAAAAUUAAUGACUUACUAGCUGAGAUCCAGAGUUACUAAAUGGUAAUGGAAUGCUCUCAUUCUUUACUCUCCCAGCCUCAGACAACACAGGUUAGUUACUUUUUUUUCCCCCUUUGCUCAGAAAGCACCUAUAAUUUAAUUAAGAAACAGACUAUCUGUAGGUAUAGUGCAAUUAUGAAUGCUCUAAUCAUUGUACAUACAUCUUGAUAUUGCAGCAUCCAUACUGGCUUUAUAAUCAUUAAUGUUUUGGCAGAUUGAAUGUGCUGUAUUGAUAUGUAUCUAUGUAAUUGUAUGUCUUAUAGCUAAUUCACAUUUUGAAUAAUGUUAUUUUAUUUACUUUUUUAAGAGAGGAGAAUGUAAAUUUGUCAGUUUAUUUCUGACUAGGGAUAUCUUUUUUUCCAUUUAGAAAAGAAAAAAAAUCUUACUAUCAUACAGAGCGGUACUAGCAUCGUGCUGUAUAAAAUCAUUUGCACAUUCCUGAGUAGAGGUAUACUGAUUAUAAGAUCCAAAGGCAAUUUCAUAGCAAAAUACAUAAAAUCAGUCGGAGCUUUUAUACAAACAUGGAAACCAACUUUGUAGAACUUUUGCCAUUUGACCUAGGAUUGGAAUAUGAGCUUUUAUACAAUUCAUAUUCUUAUUUGGCAAAUGCACAGUUUAGUAUUACCUCUCUGAUGGCCUUUAUUAGAAAGGCAGUUUUAGAAGCUAUUGUGAUCCACUAAGGAAAUGUUUUCACAGCUAGAGACCACUGCUUGCCUGACAGGGCAAUCUUAAAUUUGGUGCAGCGGGGGAAAAAAAAAGUGAACAACAUGUGAAAGCCUAUGGCGUGUAUAGGAAAAAACCUCAUCACAAGAUCCUAAGUGUUACAGUUUUAGGGACUCAAGAUAUUCUAUUUAAUAAACCUAUAGUAGAUGUAGUUGAUUAAACCUGAUCUCAAAUCUGAAAGAAGCUGAGCAAAAUAGGGAAAGAUUGAUAUAUUUGUCUUUAUGAAAUUGGGAAGGAAUUGCUAUGCAGAAUUGAGGUUUGUGGUUUCACUGUUCAUCUUAGGGUGCAUGACAAGAUCCCUUCUCUUGAGAAAGGAAAAAAUUGAUCACCCUAGCUGCAGUGAUGCAUAGAAGCCUAAUUGUAUCCACACUAGUCAAAUGAAGCUAAAGGAUUUCUUUUGUUUCUUUGGGGUUUUAUUGAGGGGGCUGGGGCGGGAAGGGAUUCUUUUCAGUUUUGUAUAAAAACAAAGUUUACUCAUGCUUUAUAUUAUAUUGUGAUUGCAAGCAUUCUAAGCGUGUGUCACUGGACUCCUCUUGUUGAUGCUCUAGGUAACGGAGGCCUGUGGCAAGUUUUACGGUGACUUGGGCAUGUCUUAUUCAAAAACAAAAUCCUUUCUUCAGCAUACCAAGGCAAGUGGCCAUUUCAUGACUCACUUAACACCUUGCAGUGUACCAGUUUACAGAUUAUUUUUUUCCUUUCUUAGUAUGACAAGGCAGUUCCAACCCACAGAGAAUUCCUUCCUGAUAAAUUGGAGGUUUGUACUAUGCCUUACAGAGCUUAAAUUCAAAAGUUUGUGCCUCAUAUCUGAAACAAAGGGAAACAACACACCCAUUCAGAAAUAAAUAAAUCCCUUCAAAGUUUUGGAUUUUUUUUUGUAACAUAUCCAUGUAAAGAGCUCUGUUGAAUGUGAAGAGUAGAUUUCAGGGGGUGGGAGAUGUGAAAUCUUAGGAUCCUACGUAUAUUAUUUACUAGAUGAAGCUAUCAAAGGUAUUUGAAGAACAUUUGAAACUUGUGUUUUUGUAGAAUAACUAGCAGGCCUAAUUUUUUUUUAAAAAAAGGUAAUUCAGCUAAAGGGCAGUUUACUUUUUGUACUUCAUGCUAUCUUGAUUAUCAAGGUGUACGAACUCGUUUUGAGAUACGUACUCUGCCACAUGAUUGUAAAUUUUAGUGUCAAGUUAGGAAUUGGUGAAAAGCUAAUUUAUGCUGGAUUUGGGUCAAAAUGACUUAUUUGCAAAAAAAUAUAAUGGGAAGAAAGGGCUGCAUAAUGAGAUACUGCAAGACUCAGAUCUUGGGUGGAAAUAACCCUCACAUUACCCUCAACUUUCCCUUUGUUUUCAGUUUCUCAAAAAUAAAUAUAGCAGAAUGUUAACCCAUAUAAAAAUAAAGUGUACCCAAAUAUUGUAAUGUAUAUUGCUGCUCUUAUUAAAAUUAAAUAAGGGUUUAAAACCACUUGAUUGGUAAUUGACAACAUCUCAAUUGACACAAAUAAGGUGUGCUUGGUAUAUAUUAUUUUCUUCCAAAGAUGUUUCUUUGGCUAGAAAUAUACACAAAAAAUAAAACCAAUAAUAUUGUAUGUUUAUCAUAUUUCCAGCAUAUGUAGCGUUAAUCUGUCUUGGUAACUAUGUCUUUGGGAUUUAAUUUUGGUUCCAUCCAAUUAUGAGAAGAAAUGACUUAGCUGUAUAUGAUUCACUAGAGAUUUUGGAGCCAGACACCUGCUGUUUAGUGGCAACUUAGUAGAGUCUAAACUUGUUUUUCCACACGGAGUAACAGACCACUUCCUGCUGUCUUCCCAACUACCAGUGCCCUUUUCAGUAACACUCUUGCCUCUAGGACCAUCUGUUCAAAGUCUGCAUAUACACCUAGCACAUAGUAGGUGCUCAAAUAUUAAUUUCCUUACCUCCUCUAUCAUGUAUCCUCCAUUUCCCCAUAUUGAUUCCAGCCCAAUAGUAAAUGGCAUUUACAUGUUAACAAAAACACCUAUUGGGUAAAAUUGGAUCUUUCAUGAAAAAAGGAAUUCAGAUUUCAUCUAAGCCUUGGUAGACCAAAAAAAAAAAAACCGAUAUUCAGCAAAAUAUUUUUUAGUUUAGGAAAAACAGAAAAUUACUAUGUAACUUUGUUCAGGUUAUUUUGACUGAAAUACAUGAUUUUAGUGGAUUUCUUUUCCUCAAAGAACUUCUAAAUGCAACUUGCUGGAUUCCUCACCUGUCACCAUGUUGGAAACCCUUACUAGAACUAUGUAUUUAGGAAGUUUUGUCAGAAAACAUUUUUAACUUGCAGUAUUUAAAAGAAUCAUAUUUACUGUUCUUAAAAUGUCAUUCAAAUGCAUGUAUUGUCUAUUGUUUGGGGGUGGGAACUAGUUUUGCAAAAAACACCUCUGUUGUAUAAUAUUGCCCCAAUGAUCUUGCUGGUUAAAAAUACAGUAUUUUUGGCCAUAAUUUUGUACUACAGUAUUCUUCAUUCUUGAGUUUUGCUUCUCUUGAAGUCUCUAAGUCCCUCUCAAAGUGAUUAUUAUAAAAAAUAUUACAAUAACUAACAUAUGUUUUCCAAAGUGUCAAGUUCAGUAGUUCUAAACAAAUCUUUUCCCUUCUGUACAUAAUCAGAAAUCUCAGUUUCCUCUAGUAAAAAUAGUCAUCCUGACAAUAUUUAUCAAAUUUGCUUUUAAAAAGUCUUGUCCUAAAUUAUGUGGCAAUUACCUGUAAAAAAAAAAAAAAAAAGGAAAAAAAAAAAAGAGCUGCUCAAUAAAGACUUACACAGAGCCGCUUCUCUUCCGUCGUGGCCAGUCUCAUUUGAACAAAACACUGGCCUAAGGAGGCGAUGUUUGGCUUAACGUUUUCCUGCACCAACCCUGGUUGUCAGUGGCUUCACUCAAGGGGGAGAGCGUGGCUUAGGUGUCCUUCAUGUCUGUGGUUCUUAAAAACAUGUAGACUUGAGAGCAGCUAAAACUGGAUUUUUCUCUAGCAAUUUUGAAAGGUGGGGUUGAUGGUGGCAAGUAUUCUUCAGAAAACUGGUAUUUAUAUAAAUUU